AUGGCAAAGUGUCACCGGAACGACGUUGGAUCAAUCGUUCUCGACCACCGUUACUCUGCCAAGAAUGCAACUACCGGCGUCCACUUCCGUCUCUGGAAUUCCCGCUCCGCCUCCUCGUUCCGUCGCAUCAUCAUCGACGCCGUCAGCUGCAGCGGCACCUCUCGCUACCGUUCUCACCGCCGCAGCCACGACGCCGGCGAGUUAAACUCAACGGCGAGCUCGGCCUCGGGGAGCCAGAGAGAGAAACGGCAAGUGCGGGAGAAGUCGGAGAAACUGUCGGAUCUAUUGAGCACAACGGAGAGCGAAACGGAGGGGGAGGCGAAGAAGAAAGAAGAUGCAUUGGUGGAGCUGAAGCGUGUGGUGAAGGAGUUGCGUGAAGAUGACUCAACGAAGCGGCAAAUGGCUGCGGCAAAAGUGAGGUCACUGGCGAAGGAAGAUUCGGAAGCGAGAGGAACACUGGCAACGCUAGGAGCAAUUCCUCCACUCGUCGGAAUGCUCGAUUCUGAAGACGUUCAUUCUCAGAUCGUUUCGCUCUAUGCGUUACUCAACCUGGGAAUCGGCAGCGAUGCAAACAAAGCAGCAAUAGUGAAAAUCGGCGCUGUUCACAAGAUGCUGAAGCUUAUUGAAUCGCUGGAUGCUACAGAUUCGUCGGUAUCUGAAGCGAUUGUCGCGAAUUUCCUUGGAUUGAGUGCUUUGGAUUCGAACAAACCAAUAAUUGGAUCCUCGGGUGCAAUACCGUUCCUAGUUAAAACCCUAAAAAAAUUAGAUUAUAAUGAUGAUAAUAAAAACAGCUUCCAAGUGAAGCAAGAUGCCCUACGAGCAUUGUACAACCUUUCACUAUUUCAGACCAACGUUUCACUCGUUUUGGAAACCGAUUUGGUUUCAUUUCUGGUGAACGCCGUAGGGGAGAUGGAGGUGAGUGAGAGAGUUCUCUCGAUUCUGAGCAAUUUGGUGUCGACUCCGGAAGGUAGAAAAUGUAUCAGUGGUGUGAGGGAUGCCAUUCCAAUUCUAGUGGAUGUGUUGAAUUGGACAGACUCGCCAGAAUGCCAAGAGAAGGCAUCGUACAUUUUGAUGGUUAUGGCACAUAAAGCCUAUGGUGAUAGGCAAGCCAUGAUUGAGGCAGGGAUUGGGUCUUCGUUGCUUGAGUUGACCCUUGUGGGUUCCACAUUGGCACAGAAAAGGGCCUCAAGGAUAUUGGAGUGUUUGAGGGUGGACAAAGGGAAGCAGGUUUCUGCAAGUGCAACGGUUUCUGCACCUAUUUGUGGUGGCUCUUCAUUGGCUUUUAUGAUGAAGCCAGGUGGAGGAGGUAAAGGGUAUUUGGUGGAGGAUGAAGAUGUGAUGAUGAGUGAGGAAAAGAGAGCAGUGAAGCAAUUAGUCCAGCAGAGUUUGCAGAACAAUAUGUUGAAAAUUGUGAAGAGGGCCAAUUUGCGUCAAGAUUUCGUUCCAUCCCAGCAUUUUGCUUCGCUCACGUCAAGUUCGACCUCAAAGAGCUUGCCAUUUUGA